ACACGCCGUCGCCACGAUACGUCGGUUGUCCUUUGUUUCCUUGCUACCACCUUGUGAAUCAUUUCAGCCACGAUGAUCGCCACGCGCGAGGUGGCGCCACAUUAGAGCGAAGGACGAAGUCGAGCGAAGUUACAUCGCCGACUGACGAAGUUUAUCGUUGACGACUGGCUGGUGUGGUUGCUGCAGCGCUUAAUGCGCCUGUGGCGUCGCGGAGAACGGAAGCUGAAAGAAGGACCAUCCAUCGCGAGAAGGACUUUUCGACUCAAGCUCGGACGAGAGAUGCGAGUGUUCACCGACACGCAGCCGUACAGACGAGGUUUCCGCAUUCCAACCGGAGUGAACCUGCGGGAGUGCAGCGUCGUCAUUAUCGGAAGUACGUGCAAAAUAUGCGGCAGGGACUUCAAAUGCGAGAGUGACGUUGCGUUGCAUAAGCGAUGGCGGCACCUCGCCAUCGGAUCGCUGAUCGACAACUUGGAAAACGAGCUAUGUACGAAAAACGUCGGUCAGAAGUGCGACGUAUGCGGCAUGUAUCUCGAGACCAUCUCCGACUUGAGGAUACAUAAACGUCAACAGCACAGGCACCGAAAGAGACCUCGCGGAGGGACCGUGAGAGUAAGAUUCAAACUCGACGGAGUAACGAUGACGGAUGUGACGCUGGAUCGGAAAUAUCUCAAGAUGCAGAGGGUGCUGCGGUACUUCGUCGACAUCGGUACACAAACGGAAUCGCUCGAAAACGAGAAGCGUCAAGAUAAUUGCGCUGCAAAUAUCGAUUUGUCGCUUCUGCCGGGCCAUGCUGCGGAUAAUGCUGUACAAUGCGACGUACGGCACCACAAAGCAGCAAAUCGAUACAUUGUAGGUAAAUUCACAUCUACGGCGCGUUCUACCGUCACGGUGGGGCGAAGUCUCGCGGAGAUCUCGAAUACGCCGCACCGAGACGGGAUCUCAGACGGCAAUGGCUCUUACGUAGAAAAUGGAAACACGAGAUCCUGCGGCCUCGUAUCCCGCGAGGACAGAACAGACGCGCUUAUCGUGAGUCUUGUUGAUAAUAUAAAUAUUCAAGAUAAGGAGAACUCACGGACGAUAAACGCGCUAGAGAGAAGAAACGUGUAUUGUCAGAGUGAGAUCUCCAUUCUGGACGAUUUUAAAAUAUCUUCUGCUUGCCAACAAGACAAAUCCAAUAACAUGACGCCACCCAUUUGUAAACAACAUUCUGGGUCCAGCGAAAGUCUCUUUCGCAACACUGCCAAACAGCCAAACGAAAGUGCCAAAGAUAAACUAUGUCCUGGACUGCCUAGCUCUUUAGUAGAUGUUAUGGACGUAGAUGCCAAUGAGAACAACAACAACAAUAGCUUCGACGGUGUGCGACUCACGAUGAAACGUUCGUCCGCUCCCUUCCGGCUCAACGAAAAAACCGAGUCGGCAAGGAUAAACACGAAUGUUGACGACGACGUGCAAGAAGUUUUACGGAUCAUGAGGGGAAACGUACAGAACGACAUCAAUCACGAGUCACCUAAUCGCACAGAAAGAGAAAUACUGGUGCAAAAUGCCGUCAACGAAAUGCGCGUAUUUUCUACGCAUCGUGGGUCAAGCGUUCGUAUGGAAAAGCGCAACGCCGAACUUAUGGCGAGCGAUGUCGAGCCCUCAGAUUAUCCAUCGUUUGCGUCGAUUACCGAAAGCGGCUACCAAUUUCUGACAGAUGCACUCAACAAGAAACUGAGCAUCUGUCUGAAAGAUCUGCAUCAUUAUGGAAUUAGUUCCUACAACGAUCUACCGGAAAUUAACAACAACUUAGAAGAAUUUGCGAUGUAUGCUCAUGAAGGUUACCUGGUUGAACCGUGGAUGCAAGCACUGGGCUCACAAUAUAUCGCUGAAUUGAAAACAAAUGAUAUCGAAGCGACUGUUAAUCUGGAAUAAGCGUAUCGUACAAAAAUACUAGGCAAAAAUGCAUAUGUUGCAGGAGCUUGCUGAUAACUACGGUAGAUAUAGGCUGUGUCUCGUAAAUAAUUCUGAAGGCCAAA